AUGGAUGGGUUAAUAGACUCAAUAACGGUCCGUGUUGUUUCAGCCGACUUUGACGCUCUGUACGAGGAGCUGCAGCAGCUGGGACAAGGAGGCUUCGGGAGUGUCUUUGCUGGCUGCCGGAAAGAGGACCGUCUGCCUGUCGCUAUAAAGCACAUCCCCAUGGCCAAGGUCACAAUGACGCAGGAGACGGUUGAAGGGCGGCUGACGGACUUCCCGCUGGAGGUGUCUUUGAUGCUGAGGGCCGCUGAAGACCGCCCGGACCCGGGGGCCCCCGGUACCGUGGUCCUCCUGCUGGACUGGUUCCAGCUGGACCAGGAGCUGAUCCUGGUCCAGGAGAGACCCAGCGCCUGCGUGGAUCUCCUCUCCUACAUGGACAGCAAGGGGGGCAGGCUGCAGGAGCAGGACGCUAAGAUGAUUCUGCACCAAGUGGUGGAAGGGAUCCAAGGGCUCCACUCCAGAGGCGUUCUGCACCGCGACAUCAAGCCUGAGAACCUCCUGGUGGAGACAGGCUCCGGGACGCCCCGGGUCCGGGUCAUAGAUCUGGGGUGCGGCUGCCGCCACAACAGCGGGGUGUAUUCAGAGUUCAGCGGCACCGCUUCGUACAUCCCCCCAGAGUGGUUCACGCUGCAGUCCUACAGAGCCGACCCCAUGACGGUGUGGCAGCUGGGGGUGCUGCUCUACGAACUGCUCACGGGAGACGUCCCUUUCCAGACCAGCGGUCAAAUCAUCUGGAAAAUGGUUCCAUGCAUCAAGAGUAACAUAUCACCAAACUGCAAGGACUUCCUGAAGAGGUGUCUUAACAAGAGGGCUGGGGGCCGCCUGGCCCUGGGGGCCCUGCUGCACCAUCCAUGGCUGCUGUGA